AUGAACCGAGACGAUGAUAAUAUCCGCAAUGAGGACCAGGACGAUACGACAUCGACGUUGAACGGCGACGAGGAACAGAAGGCUGACGAAGAUGCAAACAUUCGCAUCUUCCUGCGUGUCAAGCCCUCCAAGAAACCCUCGGGCUUCUUCUCGUGGGAUGAAGACUCGAGCAUGAUGAAGUACGACAUCCCGAAAGAUAUUGCAGCUGGGCUGAUCAACAAUUCCCGCACAUCGUACAAAUUCCGCUUCGACUCGGUCAUCGGCAUGGAAGCCAGACAGGAAGAAGUGUUCGAUCGAGUGGGACGUCCCUGUGUAGAGAGCGCGUUGAACGGCUUCAACUCGACGGUGUUCGCCUACGGUCAGACGGGAUCGGGUAAAACCUUCACGAUUACAGGCGGAGCAGAGCGCUACGAUGAUCGCGGUCUCAUUCCGCGUGCCUUGUCCUUGAUCUUCGAGCGCAUGCGCAACCAAACCAGUCAAGCCCAGAUCAUCGCUCAGAUUUCAUAUCUUGAGAUCUACAACAACCAGGGCUACGAUUUGUUGGAUCCGAACCACGAAUCGACCAAGUCGUUGGAUGAUCUGCCGCGUGUAGCCAUGUUAGAAGAUGAAGACGGGAAUUGCCACUUGCGGAACUUAUCCAUGCACCCAGUGACAACAGAGGAAGACGCACUCAAUCUCCUCUUCCUAGGCGAUACGAACCGAGCUGUGAGUGAGACGGCAAUGAACUUGGCGUCUUCCCGUUCUCAUUGCAUCUUCACUGUAUCACUGGAGACGAGGAGAGUGGGGAGUGAGGUGGUACUGCGCUCCAAGCUGCAUCUCGUGGAUCUAGCAGGGUCAGAGCGAGCUCACAAGACUGGCGCUAAAGGCCAACUACUACGUGAAGCCGCUUACAUCAACACGAGUUUGCACUACCUUGAAAUGGUCAUUGUGGCGCUACAUGAGAAGAAUACCAAAGGGAGAUCACACAUUCCGUAUCGUAACUCCAUGAUGACUUCAGUACUGCGAGACUCUCUCGGUGGCAACUGUAAGACUGUCAUGGUGGCGACUGUGAGUCCCGAAAAAGACCAAACUGAUGAAUCCGUGUCAACCUGUAGAUUUGCACAGCGAGUGGCGCGUGUCAAGAACGACGCGCGUCUGAACGAGGAAGUGGACCCCGCAGUGAUCAUCCGCCAGCUGAAGGCUCGUGUCGCUUCUCUUGAAGAGGAGUUAGCCAUCCUCAAGGGCGAUGUGAAUGAAGGUGCCGAGCUAAAAGACUACGAGAUGGACAAGCUACGUCAAAAGUGCUUGAACUUUGUAAAUGACUCGGAGCCAAGCGCGCACUUGGCGAUGGGAGAGUUCACGUACACGAAGAUGAAAGCGUGUUUUGAUAUUCUCAAGAGUAUGGCCAAUGCUGCUGGAGCAGCAGCAGCUGCAGCUGGUAGCUCAGGACUUUCUGGCCCAAAUAGCGAUGGAAAACUCAUUUCCGCUGGCUCUGGAGGCAACAAUCAGGAGCUGGAGCAACGUCUGCACGAGCUCGAACAACUCGUUCAGCAGCGCGAUAAUGAGAUUGCUAUUAUGGUUAAUAUGAUUCGAGAAAAUCACGGAGCUGCAGUCCCCGCAGAAUUACUAUCAAGAGGAUUCGUAGACUACUCCAGCAACCAAGAGGAACACGACUCGAAGCCUCAAAAGAAGCAAAAUACACCGAAGAAGCCUCCGGGAGACUACGCGUCGACGCUAGUGGUGGAUCCAGCCGUGCUGGAGGACCCUGCUAAGGCCUUUGAAGCUUUCAAGGCUCAAUACCCAAAGAACGACGUGAUUAGAGACAACAAAGUAGCUCUCAAACGUAAAUAUGACGCCGCCAAGGCUCUUGCGAACGAAGUAAAUGACGCUCGGAACCAGAUCAAGGCCCUGACGCUGAAGAUGGAGAAACUUCGAAAGCAGCAGGCGAUAGCUGACGAGGGGCUUCUUGGGGCGGCGGGUGACGGGUCUUCUAGCUCGGAUGCUGCAGAGAUGGAAGCUGCUGAGCAGAAACUCAAGGCAGAGAUCGACACGCACAAGAUUGCAUACAAGAAAGGAUUCCACGAGCUCAGCGAACUGAAGAAGGAGAUCCAGCACAUCCAGAAGAUGCUCGAGAUGGGUCGCCUCAAGCUCCAGAAGGACUUUGAUCUGUGGUAUCAGCGACAAGGGAAGGGGGCGCUGUUGACGGAGACGCUGCUCGCUCAAGCCAAGUCAGAGGAGAAUCGGUCUCUAGGCAAUCGGAGUCAGCAGGCUGAGCUGGCAAAACCGACCAAAUCGUCAUCACCUCAACGGCCUGAAAGCGCUUCUCGACGGCCUCCAGCUUGGGAUUCAGAGGCAAAAGAUCCGAAGAGGCUCUCGUCGUCACAGUCGCUUCGAUCGUCAGCGGCCAGACAAAGCACAGCAAGCACCGUCGAAGAAGACGUUUCCGGGUUCUACGAAGCACUCGACAUUCUAAAGCGACGCAACAAUGCAAGAAAGUAAGUUAGGAGCAAUUUGACCCCUCCGUGUCUCUGUCCUCUUUUAAGCUUGUAAUUAACUGAUUAU